UACUGUGCGAGCCUGAUGAAGGCUUCUCUCACACACACACACACACACACACACCCCCAGACAUUUAUUUUUUAGAACAUUUCUCACACAUACGGCUGUUUUUUAAAUCUUGGCUGGCUUCUCCCGUGUUACGAAGUACCACAAACAAACUUGUCAACUCCGUCAAGAAAUAUGAAUGGCUCCCGGGUCUGCCUCUUGCUGUACAGUGUAGUACUAAUGGGAUAUGGGGCUAGCCCUGAAACAACCAUGGGACCAUCUGUACCUACAGGUUUAACCACAGCAACAAAUCAAACCUCAACUACACACUCCACUUGGGCAACAUCUGCAACCAACAUCCCAGCAACCACCAACAUCCCAGCAACCACCAACCCACCAUCCAGAGCCAAUACUAAGGCGAAUCCCUGUGCCGACUGUCUGUUUAAGGAGAUGGAUGGCACCAUCCUGCUGAUAGUGACGGGUUGCCUGGUGGUCCUGUGUACCGUCCUGCUGGUCUCCACCGUGGUGCUGUUAUACCAGGUGUUCCACCUGAAGCACCAGCUACGUAGCAGCACCAUCAGCAGCCACCCCACCCGCAGCAACGUAGACCUGGAGAGUGGUUCUGGGCACUGGGGCACUGGGCAGAAGACCAAGGAGAGGCCUGGCUCUGAGCCCAGUGAGACCAGCCUGAUGAUGCCAGAGCUCAGACAGAUGCAGGAGGGGGAGAGGGGCAAGGAAGAGGAGCCAGAGAAGUCAGUCAAGGAGCAAGGGAAAGAUGAGACGGCGAAAGCCAAGCCAAAGAAGAAAGAGAAGGAGGCAGCCACAGCUAACGUCACAUCAGGAAGUGCUGAAAAUGGAGCUGCGACCCCCAGCCAGGAGAGUCCAGUCACCACCAACCAGCCUGCAGAGCCCCCUGACCCCGCAGCCACAACAGCCUCUCCUUCCUCCCAGGCCUCCAGUGAUGUGGUGGUGGGGUGAGGUGCGCACUCAUGGUGACCUUCUCAGACCGCAUACCGAUUGGUACAGCACAGUUUUAUACAACAGCUUCUAUUGACAUGCCCUAAAGAGACCAUCUGCUUUCGCACUGACAGGUGUUUGCGUAGACAAAUAGAGUGAUUUUUCAAUACCACAGUAGCUUUUUUUCAUUUGUAUUUUUGAAAAACAAAAAUAAGUAUUUGUUCAAAUGUAGAGCAUUCCUCGUGUCACUGAUCAGAGGAACUGACUCCUAUUUUGUCUAGUGGAUAUAUUCACAGCUUGCUUGUUGUCACAUUUCACAUUUCCCUCACUUUUUUAAACAUUGUAAAUGCAAUAUAAAUGCUGUUAAUAUGACAAAAGCAGAACCAACCACCACUGAAUUGUAGUAUCAGGUCAAGUAAAGAGACUCUGCAUUUAGAGGAUUUUAAGCAUCAAAGCUCUUCCAGAAACACUCACAAUGUAUUACUACAAUUCAACAUCACUUUCUUGGUCUUUUCUCUACAGUAAAGAAGAAUUCAAAUGUUUCUACUCUAGCUCCAUCUAUCCUUUGUAUACACCAAUAAAGAAUUACGACACCUUG